CUCGCCGGCCGCCCUGGGAAUCGCCGGCCGCCGCCGCCCAGCCGGCACCCGCUGUCCCCCCAGUACUUGGGCACCUGUUGGAGGCGCAGAGACAGGUGCAGGGGCCUGGGCUGCCAGGGGCGAGGGUGAGGGUGAGUGUGUGUUAGCCUGUGUGUGCCUCCGGGGGUGUUUGGCUCUCGGGAGGCUGCAAUUUCUGGCUCCUCUGGAGAGCCAGUCUCGGGAGGUGGCAUCUGAGGCAGGGGUCCUCACCUUGAGCUGCGGGGGUAGGGGACCAGGGAGGCCAGCAGAUCCUGGGGCUGAAUGAAGGGACAGUGGGAAGUGAAAACCUAAGGGGUGGGUGAUACCCAGACCUGACAAGCGCCUGGUGCUGAAGGAUAGCCAGAGCCUCAGAGAGACAGAGGAGAGGACCAAUGGGGCUGCUUUAGGGGUAGAUAGGGCCCAGGGCAGCCAGAAGCCCAGAAUGAGGGUAGGAGCUGGGAAGAUGACAAAGGGACAAUCCAGAGGUAAGUGGGCAAGGCUGAGAUGGAGCCAGGACCUAUCUGGGGGGGCUGGCAGCGCAGCCCCUGUGGAGGACAGCUUGGGGUCUGGAGGGCCCAGGCCUUCUGCCUGGCCGUCAGCUGGCACAGGCUGCAGUCUCCCUCAAUACCUAGGAAGGGAGGCCACUGGGGACCCACAGAUCCAGGAGGGUGUUGCCUGGCCCUCAGCCAGCAGAUGGUAGGUUUGAAGUCAGCCCCGGGCUCACGCUCUCUGGAACCUCCCUCCCCCACCCAGGGGUGCUGCAUGAGGGGCCGCAGGGGCGACCGCAUGACCAUCAACAUCCAGGAGCACAUGGCCAUCAACGUGUGCCCCGGGCCCAUCCGGCCCAUCCGCCAGAUCUCUGACUACUUCCCCCGCCGGGGACUGGGACCCGAAGGGGGCGGCAGGGGCUUCGGAGAGGCCCCGGCCCGACUGGCGCCCCUGGCCUUGGCGCCCCCCGCAGCCCUCCUUGGGGCCACCACGCCUGAGGAUGGAGCUGAGGUGGACAGCUAUGACUCGGACGAUACCACCGCCCUGGGCAUGCUGGAGUUUGACCUUCUCUAUGACCAGGCUUCCUGCACGCUGCACUGUAGUAUCCUCAGGGCCAAGGGCCUCAAGCCCAUGGAUUUCAACGGCCUGGCCGACCCCUACGUAAAGCUGCACCUGCUGCCUGGAGCCUGCAAGGCCAAUAAGUUAAAGACAAAGACUCAGAGGAACACGCUGAAUCCUGUGUGGAACGAGGACCUGACAUACAGCGGGAUCACGGACGAGGACAUCACCCACAAGGUGCUCAGGAUCUCCGUCUGUGACGAGGACAAGCUGAGCCACAACGAGUUCAUCGGGGAGAUCCGCGUGCCCCUCCGCCGCCUCAAGCCUUCACAGAAGAAGCAUUUUAACAUCUGCCUGGAGCGCCAGGUCCCGGUCUGUGUGGGGCGGCGGGGUCCCAUGGGAAGGGGGCCCUGGGGAGACCGGGUUUCCAGAACUUUCUCUUUGCCCCCCCCUCAGCUGGCUUCACCCUCUUCCAUGUCUGCGGCGCUGAGGGGCAUCUCCUGUUACCUGAAGGAGCUGGAGCAGGUGGAGCAGGGGCCCGGGCUGCUGGAAGAGCGAGGACGCAUCCUGCUGAGCCUCAGCUACAGCUCCCGGCGCCGGGGGCUGCUGGUGGGCAUCAUGCGCUGUGCCCACCUGGCCGCCAUGGAUGUCAACGGCUACUCCGACCCCUAUGUCAAGACGUACCUGAGGCCCGAUGUGGAUAAGAAAUCCAAGCACAAAACGUGUGUGAAGAAGAAGACGCUCAACCCGGAAUUUAAUGAGGAGUUCUUCUACGAGAUGGAGCUCUCCGCUCUGGCCACGAAGACUCUGGAAGUCACAGUCUGGGACUAUGACAUUGGCAAAUCCAACGACUUCAUCGGUGGCGUGUCCCUGGGGCCAGGCGCCCGGGGAGAGGCCCGGAAGCACUGGAGCGACUGUCUGCGGCAGCCGGACGCAGCCCUGGAGCGCUGGCACACCCUGACCAGCGAGCUGCCCCCGGCGGCCGGCGCCCUGCCCUCAGCCUGAGCAGGCUGGCUGCCUGGCACACGGCCCUUGAGGGCCAGGGCCGGUACCCAACCCUCGCACGAAUGUGUUGCACGUUUACACGGGGUGGCUGCCCCACCCCACCCUACUUGUCUUAUUUCGUGAGCGUCUCCGUGACCGUGGGUCUGUCUUCUUGUGAGGGACUGUGGGGAGCUCUAGGCACAUAUGCAAACGUCACCCUGCCUGACUCGCUGCGAUGAGGACACGCAAAUAUGCAAACCGCCCACCCUGAGCACACCUGCAGCGGGGGUCCCUGCGGUGCCCCUGGCUCAAGGCCUGGCUGCUGCUCCUCCCUCCUGCCUCUCCAGGCUGCCCGGCCCCCUGCCCUAUAGGGAGGAGGUCGGAUUAGGGGGGGUUCGGAGGAGAGGAUUUCCCCCCCAAAAAGAGAAGGAGCAAAAAGCCAAAAAGCCAAAAAAAAAAAAAAAAAAAAAAAAAAAAAAGAGCCACUCCUUUAA